AUGUCUGGAAUAUUUGAAGAUAAAGUGUGGAACUUUCUUUUCGUUGUAAAUCGGCAGUUCAUAACUCUCUUUCUCUCUCUCUCUUUAUCUAUCUAUCUAUCUAUCUAUCUAUCUAUCUAUCUAUCUAUAAAGAGUGUUUCAAUAACUUGUAAAAAAGUAAGUGGGGAUAUAUAUUUCACAACACCCCUUUCAUUCAUUCUAUCUAUCUAUCUAUCUAUCUAUCUAUCUAUCUAUCUAUCUAUCUGUUAUGCUUCUAUUCAUAUCUAUCUAUCUAUCUAUCUAUCUAUCUAUCUAUCUAUCUCCUUUCUUCUAUUCAUAUCUAUCUAUCUAUCUAUCUAUCUAUCUAUCUAUCUAUCUAUCUAUCUCCUUUCUUCUAUUAAUAAUACACUAUUAUUCAUUUCAUUUUCAUAUCUACCUACACAGUCUCUAUUCAUAUCUAUCUACAUAACACUAACAAGAUUCUUCUCUAGUGUCACAUUCUAUUCAUAUCUAUCUCUAUCCAUAUCAAUCUAUCCAGUUUCUGUCUACACAUUUUAUAAUCAUAUUUUCUAUUUAUAUUUUUAUCUAGUCUAUUCACAAUCUAUCUCUCUACACAAUCUCUUUCUCUCUCUCUCUCUCUCUCAAGCUAAAAAGACGAAAGAAAAAAAAAGAGUAUUUCCAUUUUCAUCUCAUCUAUCUAUCAUUAAAGAGGGCGAGGUAAAAUGUGAAAGAAUAUGUAGAGAAUCACUUUUCCUUUUUUUUUUAUCUCCAAUACCAAUCACUGUCGAAAGAGAGUUAAAAAGCUGUGCUAAAAGGCGACUACUUGAUUUAAUUCUUUCUGUCUCUUUCUUCACUGUCUCCAUCACUGCAAUCUUUCCUCUACCCCCGUAUAUUCAUACUUCUUCUUUCUUUUUAUUUGCUAUAUCUCUGCAAAGCGAAUCAGACUCAACAACCCCUUCAAUGCUGCUGCUACAAAAGGGGGCGGCUAGCAGGCAAAGUAAGAAGACGGGUCUCAUGACUAUUGUUACUACUACUUGUAGUCGUCGUUGUUGUUGUGGUAAAUGA